AUGAUUUCCCUUGUGUGUAUGGCGGAAGGAUUUGAAUGUGGGAUAGAUGCAGAGGUGUGUGAGACAUCCUUGAUUGUGGAAUAUCGCCUGACAAUGUUGCAUCCAACACAGAAAAAAGUUUAUCCAUAUCAAGGAAAGCUUUACAGAUAUGACGUUAAAGAUCCGGAAAAUGCCACAUCUAUUUCACCCGAAGAGGUCAUAACAGCAGAUGGAUGGGAAGAGGAACGUCUGGUAAUUGUGGCAAACGGUAGUCUACCUGGUCCUGCCAUUACUGUGUACGAAGGACAACGACUCGUGGUUCACGUCAUCAAUCAGUUAUACACGGACACUCUGUCGAUUCAUUGGCAUGGUCAGCCUCAAAAGGGUACCCCCUGGAUGGACGGAGUAGCCUUUGUAACACAAUGUCCCAUUUUGCCGGGUCAAAAGUUUACGUAUGACUUUGUUGCUCGACCAAAGGGUACAUAUUGGUACCACUCACAUGUUGGCACACAGCGUACAAAAGGUCUCUAUGGAGCAUUAAUUGUAAGGGAUCGAACCGACAAUAUGGCGGAGCAUAAUCUACUGGUCCAAGGAUGGAAUCACCUUUGGUCAGCAGAUAUGGACCAAUUAAAAUAUAUAACGAAUGGCAUUUAUGAGAAUCGUAAGAAACGUAGGAAUUCGUUUCAGUUAGAUGGUGAUAUGUUUUCAACUGUCCUUCUGACGUCGGUUAUCAUAAACGGUAGGGGGCGUUACUACAGUAACUUUACCACAGAAGCUAACAACGCUGCUCCUUUAAGUGUAUUCAGGGUUCAGCGGGGCCAGACGUACAGGUUUCGAGUGAUAAAUGCAGACAUCCUCUAUCCAUUCCGUGUGUCAGUCGACAAUCACAAAAUCACUGUCGUGGCCACAGACGGAUAUGAUGUACAGCCCGUUUCAGCCGAGUCGUUCAUCAUUCAGUCGGGUGAACGUUACGAUUUUAUAUUAGCAGCAGACCAAGCUGUUGGAAACUAUUGGAUCCGAGCACAAUCUCUAGAAAUUGAACCAGAUCGACUUCAUAGGGCCCAUGCCAUAUUGAGAUACGAUAACGCAAAAGAGAUCGAUCCAGUUAGUUCCACGUACAGUUGUUCAGUCAGUAGCAGAUGUCUCGUCGUCAACUGUCCUUUCUUGUACUAUCCGGAAGGAGACUUUACAGACUGUCUCUCAGUUGAUAAACUCAAAGCUUUAGUUGAUGAUGAUCCUGCACAUGUACCAUCAGAUAGGCAAAUUAAGGAAUAUUUCCUAAACUUUGGUUUUCCUGGGGAACAUGGAUUUGGUCAGGCGUCUGUAAAUGGACGGAAACUAAAACUCCCCCCUGUUUCAGCGCUAACACAACCACUCGAGAUAGAGUCUACUUGUGAUCGGGCCGAUUGUGGGGAGGAGAAGGAAUGCGAGUGUACCUAUUCCUUAUCGCUUAACCAUGAUGAUGUCGUACAAAUGAUACUUGUCAAUAUGGGCAAAGGUACAGGAGGGUUUCAUCCAGUUCAUCUUCACGGAUAUUCUUUUUAUGUUCUGAAAAUCGGAUACGGUUUCUACAACAAUAUCACCGGACAGUACAUUGGUCCAAAAACAGAUGAUAUAAACUGCAGAGGUUCUGGUGACGAAAGAACCAGUUUUUGUAACGCAGCAACAUGGCGGAAUCAAUCCUGGGGUGGAGAUGACGUCCCCGGUCUUAAUCUGCUCAAUCCCCCACGAAAGGACACGCUCAUUCUUCCUAAUGGCGGUUAUGCAGUUAUCAGGAUUAAAGCGGAUAACCCAGGUCUCUGGAUUCUUCACUGUCAUAUGCAAGUUCACAAUGUCGAUGGAAUGGCUGUUCUUCUCAACAAUUCUUUUGACCGGAUACCAAAACCUUCUAAAAACUUUCCUAUCUGCCACAACUUCCCAACUGCAAGGCCCGAUGUGGUACCAACAACUACGCCCGCUUUGACAUCGCAAGAGAAUGGUGCCUGCGUUAAACAGUCAGAGAAUGCUGACGGCCAGUACAUAGUGGUGACAGUUGGUGUUUUGGUAGGGGUUCUGUUUAUCAUAUUGAUUAUGAUGGCCUACAUUCUUUAUCUACGGAACCAAGUGAAGAAAGCGACACACUCUUCGGCGAGUUAUGUCUUAGAAACACACUACCAGCAUUAA